CAGCUGUGGCGACGGGCUCGCGCUGCUGAGACGAGCAGAGCACUGAGGACCGGCAGGCGCGCGCUCACACUCACGCUCCCCCCAAACAAAGAGAAGCACGCGAGGCAGCGGAGCAUCCCACCCUUUCGGCCCACUUGCAGAACGCGUCCCCCCGACCCCCGCCCCGCUCAUCCCUCCGAGGCAGAACCGGUCCGAACCGAAGCGCGCCCCCAUCCCCUCCAUCCAUCCCGACCAUGACGACCAACGGGUCCGCGAACGGAACCAGCGACAUGCUGCAGAUCCAGUUCGGCCUCAUCAACUGCGGGAACAAAUACCUCACCGCGGAGACGUUCGGCUUCAAGAUCAACGCCUCGGCCACCAGCAUGAAGAAGAAGCAGAUCUGGACCCUGGAGCAGAGCGGGGACGACUCCAGCGCCAACGUGUUCUUCCUCAAGUCCCACCUGGGCCGCUACAUCGCCGCGGACAAGGACGGGAACGUCACCGGAGACAGCGAGACCCCCGCGCCGGAGUGCCGCUUCGUCAUCACCGCCCACGAUGACGGCCGCUGGUCCCUGCAGUCCGAGCAGUUCGGCCGGUACCUGGGCGGCACCGAGGACCGGAUCAUCUGCUUCGCUCAGACCGUGUCCGUGGCGGAGAAAUGGAGCGUGCACAUCGCCAUGCACCCGCAGGUGAACAUCUUCAGCGUGACGCGCAAGCGCUACGCGCACCUGAGCGACAAGGUGGACGAGAUCGCCAUCGACCGGGACGUGCCCUGGGGGGUGGACUCCAUGAUCACCCUGGUGUUCCGGGACCAGCGGUACCACCUGCAGACCUCCGACAACCGCUUCCUGAGGAACGACGGCGCGCUGGUCGCCACCACGGACAAGACCACGGGCUACACGCUGGAGUUCCGCUCCGGGAAGGUGGCCUUCAGGGACUGCAGCGGCAAGUACCUGGCGCCCUCCGGGCCGUCCGGCACCAUGAAGUCCGGCAAGAGCGCGCGGGUGGGCAAGGAUGAGCUGUUCGUGCUGGAGCAGAGCCACCCGCAGGUGGUGCUCACCGCUGGAAACGAGAGGAACGUCUCCACGAGGCAAGG